CAGCAUAAGCUACUAAAAAGGCAUUAAAUCUUUAAUCAAUUUUUUUAACUUAGCCACGAUGUCCAAAGAGCCAUCGAAGACUUCUUCUCUUCACUCAUCAUCUUCCAACUUCUUACAUCAUCAAAGCUGAGAUUUUCAUUUUUUGGCAGAGAGAGAUAUGGAGAGAGUAAACACGAAGUGGGUCGCAGCAGCAGCUAGCAUAUGGAUUCAAAGCUUCAGCGGAGCGACAUACACGUUCGCUAUCUACUCUUCAGUCCUCAAGUCAUCUCAAUCUUAUGACCAAUCUACCCUCGACUUCGUCUCCAUCUUCAAAGACAUCGGUGGUACUCUAGGCAUCUUCUCUGGUCUCCUCUACACUUCCAUGGCUUCCACGCCUCACGGUCGUGGUGGGCCGUGGGUUGUCGUUUUCGUCGGGUUGGUUCAGUGGUUUCUUGGGUUCUUUUUCACGUGGGCGUCGGUGGUUGGUCUGAUUCCCAAGCCGCCUGUGGCGGUGAUGUGCUUGUUCGUGUUCUUGGCUGGUCACUCGCUGCCGUUUUUCAACACGGCCAGUGUUGUCACCGCCGCUCGUAACUUCUCUGAUUACGGUGGAACUGCUGUCGGAAUUAUGCAGGGGUUUCUAGGCCUAAGUGGAGCAAUUCUGAUUCAGUUGUACCAUGCGGUCUCCGGUGAAGGUAACCCUGCUACUUUCAUUCUUCUCCUGGCUGUAGUACCAACCUUUGUCAUCUUAUUGACUAUGCCUUUCGUAAGAGUCUAUGAAACGGUCAGAACUAGUGACAAGAAACACUUGGAUGGUCUCUCUGUCAUCUCUUUGAUCAUCGCCGCCUAUCUUAUGUUCAUUAUAACGGUCCAAAAUGUUCUCGGUUUAUCACGGUCCAUGCAGAUUCUCUCCUUCGUCCUUGUGCUUUUACUGCUCGCCUCUCCUCUCCUGGUUGCUGUAAGAGCUCUCCGUGAAGAAAAUAAGACAGUAAUGCCCCUAGAUCAUCCUGUUCUUGACACAUCCGUCUUGCUCAUCUCUCCUAGUUCAAACAUUUCCCCCGAUGGAGAUCAUGUGGUUAGAGAAGACUCAAACAUAUUGGAAGCAAUGAGCACAGUGAACUUCUGGCUACUCUUCUUGGCAAUGCUAUGUGGGAUGGGUACCGGAUUCGCGACAAUAAACAACAUUAGGCAGAUAGGCGAGUCUCUUCGCUACUCCACGGUUCAGCUCAACUCUCUGGUCUCUCUCUGGAGCAUAUGGAACUUCCUAGGCCGGUUCGGAGCCGGUUACAUCUCAGACACAUUCUUACACAAACACAGCUGGCCAAGACCGGUUUUCAUGGCGAUAACUCUAGGCAUUAUGGCUGUAGGACACAUCGUAGUGGCCUCUGGUUUACAAGGCAGCCUAUAUAUCGGUUCGGUUUUGAUCGGUAUGGCUUAUGGUUCGCAAUGGUCGCUCAUGCCGACAAUCACGUCAGAAAUAUUUGGGAUCAGACAUAUGGGAACUAUUUACUUCACGAUAUCGAUUGCUGGUCCUGUCGGAUCGUAUCUUCUGUCGGUGAAGGUGAUAGGUUACUUCUAUGACAAGGUAGCUUCUAAAGAUGACAAUUCUUGCUUUGGAAGUCAAUGUUUCAGGACGUCGUUUGUGAUCAUGGCGUCUGUGGCUCUCUUUGGCUCUUUGGUUGCUUCUGUGUUGUUGUUCCGCACACACAAGUUUUAUAAAAGGCUUGUAGCCAAGAGAAGCUUGAAGUAGUUUGCGAAUUGAAAUGUGGUUUGGAGUUUGAAUAGAAAACAUAAAUAUUACUAUUUGUAAAUGCAAAGAAGUACACCCAAAUGUACCCAAAACACACACAAUUAUUAUUUGUUAUUGACAUUUUUGUGAAAA